CCUGCGGCCUGCUGGGAGCGGCCCGCGCUGCCGGUGCCGAGCGCCGCUUCCCGGCUACGGCAGCCGCGGAGGGUCGCGGGUGGUCACCUUCCUCGCGCCCCGCCGCCAGCCAUGGCGGCCGCGCCGCCGCCGCCGCCGUUCGAGCCCGGGUCGCUGCCGGUGUUCCGCGAGGAGGGCUUCGCCGACAAGUUCAUGCGCAAGACCCGCGAGAACCCCCUGGUGCCUCUCGGCUGCCUCUGCACUCUCGGCGUCCUGACCUACGGACUCGUCAGCUUCAAGAGAGGCAACGUGCGCCGGUCCCAGCUGAUGAUGCGGGCGCGGAUCCUGGCCCAGGGCUUCACCUUCGCGGCUCUUUUGGGCGGUAUGGUGGCCACCGCCAUGAAGUCCAAGAAGUGAAAUCGGGCGAGAGAGAAGCUGCAGCAGCUGCCGUGCGCCCAGCAGCCCGUGACCCUGCUGCAGAUGGAGAUUUCCGAGAGACGGCUGUGAUGUCUUUGCACUGGUGUCAGAGAUGCUCUGUGUCCCAGAGCGCUGGAAACGUGGCUAAUACACCUCUGUGAUCAACCUGAAA